AUGCAGCGAAGGUUUAAAGAUGAAUACCCUGAGACUUUGCUGAGUUUAUUGUUUGAGGCCCUCAUCAACAAAACUCGAAUAAAUCCAAAUCUGAUUGAGGAUGUCUGCAUCGGCAACGUCCUGCAGCCUGGUGCUGGGGCCCUCGGGGCUCGAAUUGCGGCUCUGAUGGGGGGCCUCCCCAUCAGCACGCCCGUGCAUACCGUCAACAGACAGUGCAGCAGCGGCCUACAAGCAGUGGCGGCGAUAGCAGGCUCUAUUGCUGCCGGUAACAUCGAUGUGGGUGUGGCUGGGGGCGUGGAAUCUAUGUCGCACUUUGAAAUGACUUCGGCUCUGAAUCCCGAAAAAAUUUCAGAAAAAGUUUUUGAAAGUGAAAAUGCAAGAAACUGUUUGCUGCCGAUGGGAACAACUUCAGAUAUUCUGGCGAAAAGAUUUGGGGUGACGAGAGAAGAACAGGAUGCCUUCGCUGUGGAGUCUCACGCAAAGGCUUCGGCGGCUCAGGCUGCGGGGCGAUUCAGAGAAGAGCUUGUGCCUAUACAAGUGAAGGGCAUUUAA